GUUCUCGCGAUGCGAGAUUAGCGAAGCCAGACUGCGAGACCGACACGAUUCCAGUAAGAGCACUGAUAAAAUUCAGAAAUGUCGGGUCGCUCGGUCCGCGCGGAGACCCGAAGCCGCGCUAAAGAUGACAUUAAGAAAGUGAUGGCGGCUAUCGAGAAAGUACGGAGAUGGGAGAAGAAAUGGGUCACAGUUGGAGAUACAUCAUUAAGAAUAUUUAAAUGGGUUCCUGUAGUGGACACAAAGGAGAAGGACAAGAGCAAAGUGUCUGUGGGUGGAGAGAUACAACGGAAAAAUUUUCCAACAGAGGAGUCAUCUGAUAACUCCUGUUCUGUACUGUUAGAUUAUCAAGAUGAGAACAGCAACCAAAGUUCCCUGUCAGACUCCUACCAGCAUAAAGCAGCUGCAGACAGCAGCAACAACUCCAGUCCACAGCCCAGUGAGCCAGUCAGCCCUGCACCUCAGAGUCUAGACUACCCUACAGAUGACCCACAACCGCCCACCCUCGGCCAGGAAAUCAUGGAAGAGCCACUGCUGCAGUCAAGUGAGAUUGCAGAUGAGCCGCCGACACUGAUCAAAGAAGAUCUUUUACCCCUCACUGCUCAGGAGGAUGAGGACAGUUGUGGAGCCCCACCACUGAAAAGAAUCUGUAUUGAGCAGGUCUCGGUCAUCCAGGCGGCCACUUUUAGCUAACACACACACACACACACAAACACACACACACACACACACACAGUACACUGGGCAUUGACAAUCAGCCAGACUGAUCACUGACCUUCCUAGAACUGCUGCAAAAGACACAAUAUGGACCAGACAUCAAAAAAGCACUAUAUUUAUUAUCGAAUGGGAUCACUUUGCAACAUUUACAAAUCUUCAUAUUACAACAUCUUCAUAUCUCCCACAGUAUGCUUCCGUUCAGGUCAUGUCAGGAUUUCUGAAGAUCUCAUAGAAGAAUCUCUGAAUUGCUAUCUCCAAUUCCGACAUAACAUGAAUGAUGCAUUAAUUCAACAUUUAUUGGCCAAAACCAAAAAAAGCCAAAAGACUAUUAACUAGACAUUACUGUUUACAUGGAAAAUGAAUGAAUGUAUUAUCUCUAUUAAGCCCUUCUUGCUGACAUUUAUGUUACAUUUAUUACAAUGAUAAUAGUUUUAUUUUAUUGUCAUUAGAAUGUGAUGCUUGUUAUUAAAACAAAGCCAUAAACUAAUUUAAUGUUGACUGAAGGCUUAGCCAUUAUUGAAGAAAAUGUCCUCCAAAACAAAGUCAAAUAACGAGUUAAAUGAUAAGGGUACUUGGAAUAUAACUGAACACAUCACGCUUUAUGCACAAAUAAGCUUAUUAGACCACACCAUUGCCUUUUUAUAAAAACAAUGAUUCAACAUGAAGAAUGUCUUUAAUCAAAUUCAGUUUACAUUUAUAUAUGAUAUCUAUAUUUUCUGCUUGUAGAUUCUGGUCUCAGGGUCUGUAUUGCCUCCUCUCAUUUGUUUGUAGGAAUUGAAAAUGUACUCUUUUGUCGCUGUAGGACACCCCUAAAAAUGUCUGCCUCUUAUGCCACCUUUUAUUUUUUACACAGUUGUCUAGUGGGCACACUGAAGUUGAUGAAGCCGUCGUAUUGUUAUUUGCUGAAAAUAUCAUUAAAAUUUUAGACAUCUCAAGA